AUGGCCUGGUGGCCAGUCAACUCGUCACAGAACUGGUCUCCGGGCCUGCGAGAAGAUUGCUCGCCCGGUGUCAACAUCGCACCCGAAACACCGAGUGUGUCGAUUGCACAGGAUAACUGUUGCCACAUUUCCGAGGUAGGCGAUGCAGCGUCGAGGGAUGGUUUGAGCGGAGUCAAUCUGCAUACCAACGGGACCGAGUUUUAUGGCAACUCUUCCAACUUAGCGUUCCUUGGGAACCUAUACGCAAGAGCUCGAAAACAAGCAAGCAGCAGAGGUCAGAAUCGAUUUCAUCAGGGCACUUCGCAGCCAGCUCAGGUUUCGCCUGUCAACCAGCGUGAUCAGCCUUUCUCUCCAGAGACGAGCCAAGAUAUCGGUUGCAGGAAAUCGGGCAAGUCACAACUCUCAAUUGUAAACUUGCUCUACAAUGCAGAUUACCCUGGCCACCCUUUGCCUCAAUCUCACAGCGGAGGAGAAAUUGCGGCGCAGACAGCUCCCUCUGUUCAAGACCGCGAUAAAAACCUUGAAUCCGUGUUUCCGCGGCUAACGCAGAAUGCACAAAUGGAAAUUGAGAAAAUCUUCAUUGGCAGCUACUUCACCAACAAGCACUACAUCCACCCGAUACUUUCCAAGGGCUCAUUCAUGAGACGCUGUGAAGGUGAAGCAUGGCCAGAUUCAAGACGUGCAGGCCUCUUCAAAGGUGUCACCGCAUUUUCUAGACUCUACUUAGCAGUUGUUGCCUUGGGGGCGAUCAAUGCCAGUCCAAACGAGACUUCUUUACUAGGCCACUUCUGCCGGCAGACAAACGAUCAAACAAGUGGCCGGACAGGACAUGUGUUCUCUGCUCUUGAUUUCGCCAAGUUUUAUUUUGGGCUCGCGAGACAGACCAUGGGUGAUUUGUUUGAGAGUUCCUGCUUGGAAACGGCUCAGGCUCUUCUGCUUUUGCCUCAUAGCUGUUACAUGUACAGUGGAAUGGCCGUUCGCACAGCAGCAGCUAUUGGACUUGGAUCGAGUCUGUCUUCGCUGCCUCCUAGUGCUCGACGGGAGGCUCGACGUACAUGGUGGUGCAUCUAUUCCCAUGAAAUAGAAAUGUGUUGCUCCUCAGGACGUCUAGACAGCAUGAAAGCGCUGCAUUAUUACCAGGCCUCCAUUCCCAAGCUCAAGUCCGAUGUUGGUGACCUUGAUCCCGACGCUGAAGAUAACGACAUCGCGAUGAUUCCAGUAAUGGUGGCCUUGGGCCAAAUCAACACGGAAGCAUCCCACCAAUUAUACCACUCCACGCAGCGAUCAAUGAGCGAGAAAUCCCGUCUAGCAAUGGCCCUGGAUCAACGACUUCUUCAAUGGAAAGCAAACAUGCCUGCUUUUUUGGAUUUAGAUGCUCGUGCAUUGAAUGAUCCUGAAUGGGCAUUCAAACAAAAAUUGGUUUUGAGAUUGAGAUACUACAAUACUCGAAUCCUCAUUCACAAACCAUUCCUCGUAGCAGCAACAGCGAGUACAGAUACCGAACACGAUCUUUCCAUCCAUCUACAUACAUGUCUCACAGCCGCACGUAAUAGUAUCAGGAUGCAGUACGAGUCAUUCAUGCACAGGAUCUACAUCCGCACCUGGUGGUACAACACAACAUACGCACUUUAUGGUUCAAUGAUUCUCCUCCAUGUCAUCCUAUCAAACCACCCAGGCCUCCCAGACGAGGAGCUCCUCGAGGACGUCGAGAAAUCCCUCGAGAUUUUUUCCUCCAUGGAAGAUAUCAUUGUCGCGCGUCGCUGUGCUGAGAUGCUUCGGGAAGUGCUCGAGGUAGCGCACCAUGAGUUAAAUUCCGAUGAUGAGGACUUCUUCUUUUCCUUGUUCAGCAGUGAGACACAACAGCAGCCCGAUCGCACUCGAACUGAGAUGUUGGCGAACCUGGUAAACCCGAGUAUAUUGGAGGACUUUGCUUUCGGUGGUGGGAAUGACUUUUCUUCCUUCUAA